UCUCAACACCCGUAAAGCUAGUCUGAAGCUGGAGCUUUGGCUCUAAUUGGGGUAUUAAUCUCAUUUUCUGCUAAUUUUAUAUAAUUGAUCUCUGGACAUUACUUUAUAGAUGCCUCGAUUGCUAUUCGUACAACAAUUCUUUGGUUUUUUGACCUUCCAUUUGUUCCUGGUGGUGCUCUUUCUGUCUUUUCCUUAACGGCACACACUAGCCGUCGCUGAGUCACCUUUGUGCCUAUACCACUUCGAAAAAAUGGCAAAUCAUGGCGACGAAAUCUCCACAAUCGAAGAGCUUCCUAGAUACAAUAGCCGUCAGUCUUUCGCCCCUAGACGUGAUGGCUCCCCGGGUUCUUCUGUUGGCGGAACAAGUAAAGAAGCACAUGUUACCAUCCACGAUGCCCCGAGCUCAGCAUUUGAGAACAGCAUUGGCGAAAAACCGGAUGGUUUCAAAUUUUCUGCCCAAGAAGAUAUUGUGCCUCCUCCAAGUCGCGGCGAAAGAUCCAAAAUCUCGACCUCUCUUGCUAUUCGCAACAGUUUUGGAAGAUGGUCCAAUUUUAUACAUGAAUGGACUCCCUUCAUGCUUGUCAGCUCUUAUUUUACCACAUCUAUAUUUGCAUAUAUGCUAUUUCCAACGAAACUUUUAGAAGUUUUCUGGUUCAUAUACAAUUUCACCAAUUUCAUCAUUGCUGCUUCCACGGCUCUGGAGGCAUUUAUGGGCCUGGAACCCAAUCGACAGGCUCGUGUUGCAGUUACGAAGGCUGCUGAAAAGGGCUGGAAGUUCCCUACACCAGAAGAUGACCUAUUAAUUUUAGACAUGGUCAUUGUUGCAUAUCUUCCUAAUGAACAAGACAUCAUAAUGGACAGGAUUAGGUAUGCGUGUGAGAAGUUGGAGUAUCCGGUCGACAAAAUUCGCAUCAACAUUGUUUACAACACACCUGUUCCAAUCCUACCCCUCGAGGACGAGAUGUGGGAAGCAGCCGCCAAAUACUCCCAGCUUCGAAUCAUUAAAGUUGAAGGCUCCACAUCGAAAGCUGACAAUCUUAACUACUACCUCAGCCUAGACACCGGCUCAGAUGUCACUGCUAUUUAUGAUUGUGAUCAUUUUAUGCACCCACACAGCCCAAGAUGGGCAAUUGAACGUUUCAUAAAGGAGAAGGAGAAGGUUGAUAUAGUUCAGGGCCGCUGCAUUGUUUUCAAUAGCGCCGCUUCCUUCCUCACUAGUCUCAUCAGCAUAGAAUUUGACAAAAUUUAUGCCGUUUCACAUCCGGGAAGAGCCACUAUCUGGGGGUUUGGUCUAUUCACGGGGUCCAAUGGAUAUUGGAGAACAUCACUUCUCCGAGAGAUGAAGAUGGACGGGAGCAUGCUUACUGAAGAUAUUGAUUCUGCGCUUCGAGUUGUAGCCAGAGGAGGCAACACUAUUCACGAUUUGAAUGUUGUGUCAUAUGAGCUAGCACCCACAACCUUUCCAGCCUUCUGGAAACAGCGCCUGAGGUGGGCUCAAGGAUGGUCAGAGUGCACGCUUCGGCAUUCAAUUUUGACGUUCAAUCGAGCAAGAGAAGGGAAAAGAAUCUUUACCACAAGAUUUGGACUCCUCAAUUUAUUGCUUAUCCGCGAGACAAGCUACUAUUUGGUCACGCAAUUCUUCUGCCUGGUGGCUGGCUUUAUUUUCCUCAAUUUCCCCUUGACCCCAGCAGCGUUCUGGAAAACAGUUUUCUUUCAAUAUCCAGUUUCUGAAUGGUUUUUCUUCGUCAGGUAAGAUUCUUAUAUCCGCUCAUUCAACUCCAUUGCUAACUGAUCAACAGCAUAUUUUGUUUGAUAGGUACACUUUGGGUCACUAACCAAGUUAAAUCAGAGUUUGCAACAAGGUUGAUGAUCAUCAAGUUCUCAAUCGCUUACCCAUUUUAUUUGUUAUUCUUGGCAACAAUUGGUAUAUACGGACAUGCUCGUCACGUGGUCAAAUAUUCAUCUUGGAAUCCUACGGCUAGAACAUAGACUGUACGAUAAUUUUACGAAUAACUACAUUUUAAUGGGAGGGGAUAUUUAGACUUGGUCAUUGUUAUCUAGUCGGCGUUUGGAGCAAAAGGUUGAAUUAUAUGAUACUGUUGCCAGCUGUUCAGAGAGACAGUAACACGAGGCAGAAUCAUCAACAAAACCACUUCGAUUCAACCUAGUUUAGAAUAAAAUGCGCAUUCCCAAAACCUUCCACCAUAACGCGUCUCCAA